AUCUCGCAAUCACAAAAAUGGAGAGUUCUCAGGCAAAUAACGUUCCGGGCUUGGAUUACUGGCUCCAAUGGCAAGUCCUUGUAUGUGCUCUAAUCUUCUUGCUCCCGGCAGCCGUUGCAGUCAUCCUUUUCAGGAAGAGGACCAGCGCCGGCAGUAACCCGCUCAACUCCAAUGAUUUGUGGGUCCCAUGCUGGAGAAACCUCAACCCAAAAUGGCUUCUGUUCUACCGAGCAAUCGCCUUUGUUUCCAUGUCUUUUCUGCUCUAUGAGGUUGUUGCUGCUUUCGGAUUCUUCGUCUUCUUCUUCUACACCCAGUGGACUUUUGCAUUGGUUUUGGUCUACUUUGCUAUUGGUACUGUUGUAUCUGCCCGGGGAUGUUGGAUUUACUCGAGAAGACCUCUCUCUCAGAGUGGGGAAAGGGAUAAAUUUCUCAAAAAGGAGUCGGAAGAUAGGAAACAUACAAUGACUUCAAUUUCCGAAGAGAAACAGGCCAAGAAUGAACAACACGCUGGAUAUUGGGAACACCUUAUGCAGAUGAUUUAUCAGACUUGUGGAGGUGCUGUUAUGCUUACUGACAUUGUCUUUUGGGGCCUUCUGCUCCCAUUCAUGACGGGUGAAAAUUUUCAACUUACCCUGCUGAUUGGAUGCAUGCAUUCUGUAAAUGCCCUUUUACUUAUCCUUGAUUCUGCUGUCAAUAGCAUGCCAUUUCCUUGGUUUGGGCUUGUCUAUUUUGUGCUUUGGAGCAUUGCUUAUGUUGUUUUUCAGUGGGUUCUUCAUGCAUGUUGCUUCACAUGGUGGCCAUAUCCAUUCCUUGAACUUUCUACUCCAUGGGCACCACUAUGGUAUCUAGCGUUGGCUUUGGUUCACAUUCCAUGCUAUGGACUAUAUGUUCUGCUCGUGAAAGGAAAGCAUGCAAUACUCUCGAGAAUGUUUCCCUGUUCAUUUGUGAGGGCUCCGAUGGAGAAGAAGCAUGCUUAAGAGUUUGGCUAUUUAUAAUUGCAUUCAAGGUUUAGUUCCUCUAAUCCGUGCUAUUGUCCAUCACUGACAUAUCCUUGGACAAUACAAGUCAAAUGUAAUUGUAUUGUCAUUUCAUGUCAGCCAGUGGUUAUCCUUUAUCUGCUCAUUUUAUGACUUGUAAUAAUACGUUAUUUAGCUACCAUGUUCACGUGCAAUAAAGGUCAAUAGGUGGGAAACCGACAACAACGUGAAAUGAGAUUCACUCAUAUUUCGGGCUAUAAAGCCGAGGCCUUUUUGGA